AUGGCCUCUCCUUACCACUUCAGCCCCGCGCAUUCGCGCGACUCGUCAGCUGGAUCAAGCGCAUCCUCACCUGUUACGCCUACCUUUUCCACCCGUGGACAUACUCGCUGGCCAAGCUCUACUUCUUCUCUGAUCACGAACCCUGACUCACCUGCGACCGCGCCGACUUCGAAAUCAACUCUCCACGACCUGGUCGAGGACCCGGCUGAGCGCGAUGAUACCGACUUCGACCUUGAGAAGACUAACCCAGACGAACCUCUAUGCAUUUGCGACACGCCUUUCUGCGUGCAUCGCGAAGCAGCCUCCACUCACGACUCCGUCACGUCGUUGGCCACGCCCGAGUGGACUCCGGGCGAUGACUACUUCAGCGAUGGCCAGCUACCCGGAGAACCAAUUGCCAAGCGCCGCAGGUCUGGAGUGAUAUCUUCUGACACUUUUACAUCGCGAUUGAGUCGCCAUUUCCCUUCUAUCAGCAAACGCUUUCAAGGCCAUCGAUCAGCCGCCUCUGUCAAUGGUGCCCAUUUGCGCAGCGCGCCAAACUCUCGGUCUUCUUCUCUCAGGCUGCCAUCUACAAGAUCACUCACAGUGCCUACAACACCCGAGAUCCGCAGUGCCAUGACACCGCCUUUCUCGCCAGCGACUACCAACGAGGAGCGCUCUGUCAGCCCACCAAGAAAGCGAGCAAUAUCUCAGGCCACAUCAGUCCCAAUCGAGAUUGCGACUCCACAACCUCAGGAAGACCCAGUCGAUCGCCAGCAGCAUGCUUCGACACCUUUGCUGCCGCCUAUGAUGGCACAGUACUUCAGUGACUCUUCCGAGGCGUUACAAUCACCACUGCAGUCGCCCACCGUUGCAAACAGUACUGCCGCCUCGACCACAAACACUCCCACUGGCACACCCGUCCUUCCCGGCUUUCCAACCCCGCCACUCUCGGCAAAACCUUCACUGGCGUCGUUACGCAACGCUCGAUCUGGUCAGGUUGCUCAACCGACAUCCGAAAUUCCUCCCCUGACCAUCGCCGAGGAACACGAAGACCCUUGGGCAAACAAGCUGGGUCACGCAGACUUCCACAUCACCCCAGAACCCUACAUCCCGGAAGUUUGUGACGCACAACGUUGCAAACGACUCGCCGACGACUGGGAAUCUGCACGUGUCGAGUACAUGCGCCAAGCAGCACGAAUCAGCGAACACUACGGCAUCACUUCGCAGACCUACAAGCUUACCGAGCAGAAAUGGGCCGAAAUCGAUGCUGCAUGGCGUGCCAACCACGAGCUCGCCAAUGCUGAGGCCCAGGCCUGUGGCGAGAGUCCCUUCUUCCAGCCCCUGGCUGAAACUCAGCCCUUGUCCAAAAUGCCGUCACUCAACGACCCUCAGCAGCCAUCGAAAUUCCCAGCCGUUGACGAGAAGGACAUUGUCGGCCCCAUGGUGCGCUAUGCGAAGAUUCAGCACGAGCAGAAGCCUGCAAAGAAGCCAAACUUUCUCAAACUCUUCACGGACCCGGCAUCCCUUCUCGGUGACCGGCGAUGA